AUGUCUACUACACUCCCCACCACAACGACUCCCAUCAAGUUGCCCUCGAUUACGGAGUUGACCCAGAGGCCGUAUGGUCUUGCCCCCUCCUUGGCAACACCAGCUGCCAAACCUCAGCUUCCAAGUCUAGCUCUUCAUGCUGCAUCCACCCCUUUCAACUAUACUUUUGCCCACUCCAACAACAGCGCCAACGCCAAUGCCAACAGCGCUAGUGCCAGCUACAACCACCAGAUCCCAAAGUUGCCUUCUCCCGCUUUAUCCCACAAGGAGAAAUCAGAAGUUGCAGCACCAAUCUCCAUCCCUAGCAUUUCGUCAUUACCCAAGACCGCGGUGAAACUGUUGCCCAGCCCGUCCCAAAUCUCCCACCAUAGAGGCUCAGUGGUGUCGGUUUCAGUGAGCCCAACUAUUCAAUCGCACCACUACCAUUCCUCACCACCAUUGCCUCAUCAGUAUCAACCAUCUCCACAGCCACAAGCUCAAGCUUUUGCUCCACCAAAUCCAGUAUACUAUGCUCCUCAACCUCAACCAGUUAAACCACAACAGCAACCACAACAGCAACCACCACAGCAACCACAGCAACAGCAACAAUACCAGCAUCAACAUGGAUUCAACGGUGCACUUGCUGAAGUUGUCCCACGCCAAACAAACAGAUGCCAUCGUUGCGGCACUACUGAGACUCCCGAGUGGAGAAGAGGUCCAAAGGGCGUGAGAACUUUAUGCAAUGCUUGUGGGUUGUACCAUGCGAAACUAGUCAAGAGGAAGGGUGCUGCGCUUGCAGCUGAAGAAGUGUUGAAUAAUCGAGUCACCAAGGGUAAGAAUGGAAGAAGGAUAAGCAUAAAGAAACACUUGAUGAAUGAGAGUCUCUUACUGGCUAGUGUGAUGAACUCGCGAAUACAUGCAAAUGUUGGUCACCAUCAUCAACAAUCGCCAGAAUUUAACGUUGGACAAAUACCUCCACCGCCACUACCACAAUCACAAUCGCUACCAGUGCAAAAUUACCCAUACCACCACCUACAAGCUGCUUUCCAACCUCCUCCACCUACACAUGCUUCCCUCGACGCUAGUGGAUUUGUCCAUGCUUCUCACCCACCUCCACCACCACCAGCACAACAACAACAACUUCCACACAUGGCAGCUAGAACCCACCAAGGUAUCUCGUUGCCACCGCCAAUCAUUCCACCAUUGGGCAGCUACGUCAACGCCAUCAUGCCCCCUAGACCGUUAGUUCGCCAGUAA